AAUUGAUUUGACGCGCGCUUUGAUACGAGCUGAUUGCAUAUGGCGACGAAUGAUCGAAGAAGUGUACGUCUGUUUUUGUGAAGCUUUUCGUUGUUUCGUCCAGUAUCAUCGUUUUGUGCGGAUCAUACAUCUCGACGAAUCCGAAGCAGCGAUAUGCCACCAACAAAAAAGAUCGAUUUAGACAAGUUAGCAUGGGCAUGGGUAGAAUGUAUUAGUCCAGAACAAAUUGAAAAAAUACACUUAGAGACUGCAUAUAGAAUUGGAUUAAAAAAUUGUAAAAACUGCAAACGUAAUUGUGUCAAUAAUCCUCAAUGUCUAACAGGUUUAGGAGAAGAAAAGUAUAUGAAAUCACAACCAGCCGAGAUAGUAUCUUUAGAAAGUUCUCUAUCUGAGCUACGUGAUCCAACACAAUAUGUUGGUUUAAAAAAUCUUGGUGCUACUUGCUAUGUCAAUAGUUUAAUCCAAAUGUGGUUUCAUAAUGAAGAUAUGAGGAGAAUAAUAUACAAAUGGGAUAUUACGGAAGAUCCAGAGGAGAAGGAGACAUUGUACCAGACUAAGAAGACAGGACUACCUUACCAUCCAGUUACUGCAGUUGGCCAAUUGCAAUAUAUUUUUGCAAUGAUGCAAUUCGGAAAUCGGAGUCUUCUUGAUCCAAUGAAUCUCGCUGUCGCGUUGUCCCUGGAUACCAGAACACAGCAGGAUGCUCAGGAAUUCUCCAAGCUGCUACUGUGCCAUAUUGAAGGAAAGCUACAGCAAAACUCAGAACUGAUGCGGAUGCUGCAGAGGCUGACCCAGGGAAAAUACAGCUAUAUCAAUUGUUGUUCAACGUGCGGCACCGAGUAUCCAACAUCCACCACAUUCUACGAAUUGGAUUUACAACUAGCGGCAACUUUGAAGGAGGCGAUAGACAAGUAUUUAUCAGAAGAACAGCUGACGGGUGCGAAUCAAUAUCAUUGCGUCACUUGCAAUGACAAAAAGGAUGCCAGACGAUUCAUACGAUUGGAAUCUCUCCCAGAAACUUUAAACAUCCAACUAAUGCGUUUCGUUUUUCAUAGAGAUUCCGGACAGAAAAAGAAGUUAAAUUCAUACAUUCAGUUUCCCGAAGAUCUCGAUAUGUCGGAGUACGUUAGGUGCCAACCUCAAACUCAUUUAUACAAUCUUGUUGCGGUAUUAAGCCAUAAAGGUCCGUCUGCUCAUUCUGGACAUUACAUUGCAAAUAUAUGUAAUUCAAGUGGGGAGUGGUAUCAAUUUAGUGAUGAUAAAGUAGAAAAAAUGCAAAAUAAACGGAUUGAGGAUGGUGUAAAUGAUAAUGUGAAACCAAUGAAACGUGGACGCGUUCCGAAAGGAUUUCUUUCAUCCAAUACAGCUUAUAUGUUGGUUUACAAAAAGUCAACUACAGAUUGCCAAAUAAAUGCUAUGAAGAAAAUGAAAUUGAAGAAGCCUGAUGGCGAAUCAAAUGUCUCUGAUGAAUCUGUUUACUUAGAAAGACUUACAGUUAAAGAUAAACCAGAUAUUUUGGAUGAAACAAAAGAGAAAAACAACAUUGAAAAUGUACCGUUAUUUCAAGAAGAAAGCUCUGAAAAGAUAUUAAACUUAGAGUCGGAGAAUAAAAUGGAAAUGCAUAAGACUGUGGUAUCUCAAAAGACUGAUAUACUUACUACGGAUAAAAUUGAAACUAUAGAAACUGUUAAUGUGAAUGGAUAUAAAGACAAAUCUAAUUCUGUAUCACAACAAAUAUUAAAGAAUAAUAUUGAAUGCUUAAAACAGCCAGUGAUAAAAGUUAUUAAACUUGAUUAUAAACGACUGAAUGGUGCUGCACACAGAGCUAUGAGUUGUGGAGAACGAGAUUUUUAUGAAGAAAUGGAAUUUGAGAAUUGGCAAGUAAGUAACACAAUGCGAGAACUUGUCAGACAAGAAAAUGUUAAACAUGAAUUGAGUUUGUUAGCAGCGCAACAAGAAAAGCAAAAAGAAAUUGAAGAUCAAAAUGCCAAACGGCAACUCGUGAUAGACAUAUACAACAUAAUCCAAGCAGCAACAUUUUGGGAUGAAUAUUAUUGGAUUCCAACUGAUUGGUUGUCAAAAUGGUUGAAUGGGCAUUCCAUUACAGACAGUGUUCCUCCGAUCGAUAACUCUGUUCUAAUGUGCUCGCACUAUCGACUUGAUCCACUGAAAGUUGGUCGUGCAAAAUGCAUACCAGUAGAAGCUGCCCAAAUACUUUACGAUAAAUAUCGAGGAGGACCACGAUUAGAUCAAACAUCUUUAUGCGAAAUUUGCGUAAAAAGACGAUGCAAAUUAUUGCGUUUUAAAUUAGCAUUGGAACGAGAUUAUAAAGAAGUCACUGAGCUAAUUCGCACAUUUAAAGAACCUUCUGAGACGAGCUAUAUAAUUGGUACUGAUUCAUUACGAUCAUGGCGAAGACUAGCUAUGGAAACAUUUCAAGAAGACAUAGAUGAUUGUCAGGAUAUUCCACAAGAGGAGAGUAAAAAUAUGGAUAAAGAUGGCAACGAUUGCCCGAAAGAAAUUGAGGAAAACGAAGAAAAUGAAAUUAUUAUAAACUUUAAUGAAGAUCUACUCUGUGAACAUAAUUCUCUUAAAACGGCAGAUUCUAGUAGAAAAGUGAUACCUCAAGAGGCCUGGUCGAUUCUUCGAAAAUAUUUUCCGGAUUCGAAAGAAUAUCCUAUUGGAUCGUCAUCCUGUUUAAUCUGUGAAGAGAAAAUGGAAAACGCACAAAAAGCAAAAAAAGAUGACAAGAUAAAGGCGAAACAGCAAAAAGACGAACUCAGCGACUUUUAUUACGGAAGGAAUAGAAAUGAAAUUUUGAAAUGCAGUGAUCCAGACAAGUUGUUCUACAUUGUGGAAAAAGGCUUUUUGGAUAGUUGGCGUUCCUUCAUUCGAUACGCAGAGGUCUAUUCGAGAACACCGCCGGCAAGCAUCCAGAACGCGUCCCUUCUUUGCGAAGCCCAUAAAGGAUUCCUGUAUGCGCCCAGAGUCAACAACGAACUAUACAGCAUAGUAACCGCGGAAGAGUGGACGAAACUUACGCAGUUCUAUGAAGUUGACUAUCCCAUUGUCAUAAAAAAGACUGAUGAAGAUUAUUUAACAAAUCCCGGUUUAUGCGCAGCCUGUAUGUUAGCGAGAGUUGAACAAGAACGCCUGGAAAGCUUGAAAUACGAUAGAGCGACAAUCUACAUCAAAUGCAUUGACGAUAAUGAAGACUCUAAAACGGAAAACGAUUCUGAGGUAGCGGCUAAAAGGCCAAAGAUGGAGAACGUACGUCCGUCACGAACCAGGAGAAAAUUAAAAGGCUCCCAUGAACUCAAAGUUUCGUCUGAAAUUACCUUAAAAGAACUCAAAGUUAUGACGAUGCAGAUUUGUGGUGCUGGACCGUACGACCAGCAUAUAAUGUUAGGAGAACACGAGCUCACCGAUCAUAGUCAGAGUCUGGCGUCACUCGGAAUACUUCCUGGAACGUUACUUACGUUAAAGAUUGAUGCACCGCUAGAGAAUGAAACGGAUGUGGAAUCCGAUGUUCAUAAUUUUGAGUCUACAUCACCAGAGAAAGGUUUCAAGGGAACGGAACUGGUGCCGAGCUGAUCUGUAUGAACCGACAAUUAUGUAGCCAAUUUUGUUUAACAUUUAAUAACAAUAGCGCUGAUUUAACGCAA